AUGUCUCUCAGAAACUUCGCAAAGUCCGCUACCAGAGCCUACUCGACUGCCGAACCAACCUUGAAGGAAAGAUUCGCCGAACUCCUUCCAGGGUGGCAAGCAGAAGUCAAGGAGUUGAAGUCCAAGCACGGUAAGACUGUCAUUGGUGAAGUCUUGCUCGAACAAGCCUACGGUGGUAUGAGAGGUAUCAAGGGUUUGGUCUGGGAAGGUUCCGUUCUUGACCCUCUGGAAGGUAUCAGAUUCAGAGGUAUGACCAUUCCAGACAUCCAAAAGGCUUUGCCAAAGGCCGAGGGCUCCUCCGAGCCUUUGCCAGAAGCUCUUUUCUGGUUGUUGUUGACUGGUGAGGUCCCAUCUGCUGCUCAAACCAAGGCCUUCUCUGCCGAAUUGGCCUCCAGAUCCGCCUUGCCAAAGCACGUUGUUGAUCUCUUAGAUACCUGUCCAACCGACUUGCACCCAAUGGCCCAGUUCUCCAUCGCCGUCAACGCUUUGGAAUCCGAGUCCAAGUUCGCCAAGGCCUACGCUGACGGUGUCAACAAGAAGGAAUACUGGAAGUACACCUACGAAGACGCCAUCGACUUAUUGGCUAAGUUGCCAAACGUCGCUGCUAAGAUCUACAGAAACUCCUUCAAGGACGGUAAGGUUGCAGCUGUCGACCCAACCUUGGACUACUCCCACAACUUUGCUAACAUGCUUGGUUUCGGUGACAACAAGGAAUUCAUCGAAUUGAUGAGAUUGUACCUCUCCAUUCACUCCGACCACGAAGGUGGUAACGUUUCUGCCCACACCACCCACUUGGUCGGUUCCGCUUUAUCCUCCCCAUACCUUUCCCUUGCUGCUGGUUUGAACGGUUUGGCUGGUCCAUUGCAUGGUAGAGCUAACCAAGAAGUUUUGGAAUGGUUGAUGAGCAUGAAGAAGGCCAUCAAUGGUGAAAUCGACGACAAGAAGAAGAUCGAAGAAUACCUCUGGUCCACCUUGAACUCUGGUAGAGUCAUCCCAGGUUACGGUCACGCUGUCUUGAGAAAGACUGACCCAAGAUAUACUGCUCAAAGAGAAUUCGCACUGAAGCACAUGCCAGACUACGACAUGUUCAGAUUAGUCUCUAACAUUUACGAAAUUGCUCCAAAGGUCUUGGAAAAGCAAGGUAAGACCAAGAACCCAUGGCCUAAUGUCGACUCCCACUCUGGUAUCUUGUUACAAUACUACGGUUUGACCCAACAAUCUUACUACACUGUUUUGUUUGGUGUUGCAAGAGCUUUCGGUGUCUUGCCUCAAUUAAUUGUCGACAGAGGUAUCGGUAUGGCUAUCGAGAGACCAAAGUCCUUCUCUACCAAGAAGUACAUUGAAUUAGUUAAGAAAAUCGAAGGUGGUAAAUAG